AUGCCUAGCCAUAUCAAAUUUGCAGAGCCAACUUCAAUUCAAGCUAAUAAAGGCCGCGCUAGGGGGAUCAACCAAGAAAAGGGGCCGGCACAGAGAGCACCUUCUCCAGGAAGUGAAAUCGUUUACCCGACAGGAUGGAGACUGAUGCUUACCACCACAGGACUCUUAAUUGGAUUUUUUCUCUCGAACCUGGAUGUCACAAUUGUAAGCUCGGCUCUCACGAGUAUCACAGAUGAUCUGGAAGGCUUCGAGAAGAGAAGCUGGAUUAUUACUGGAUAUUUGGCCACCUACACAGGGUCUAUGGCAAUAUGGACAAAAAUCAGCGAUAUAGUUGGUAGGAAACAAACCACAAUCGCUUCUCUUGUUCUUCUGCUCGCGUUUUCCAUUGGGUGUGGCUGUGCUCAUACAGUUAACCAACUUAUAAUAUUCCGAGCACUCCAAGGUAUUGGAGGUGCAGGUGCAUACGCAUUGACAAUCCUGUGCGUCUACGAGAUAGCUCCUAAAACAAAGCUUCCGACCUACAGCAGUCUCAUGUCAUUCUGCCUUGUCUUUGCAUCUUUGAUAGGCCCAAUAAUUGGGGGUGCACUUGCACAAGACUCGGCCUGGCGGUGGACUUUCCUCGUGAAUGCGCCGUUGUGCGCUAUUGCGAUCGUUGCUAUCAUGGUUGCGAUGCCCAAAAACUUUGGUCUUGAUCAGCACACUCCUUCAUUUCGAACACGAGCCUCAUAUCGCUCGUUUGCGAAUCUGGAUAUCAUGGGAUCGGCUUUGAUGAUGGCUGGCUCAUUCUUGAUAGUCGCUGUCUUGAACGAAACAAACCUGGCAUUCUCAUGGUCAUCAAGAGACGCAAUUGCGCUUCUUGUCCUAGCUGGACUCUCCUGGGUUGCUUUUUUUGCCUGGGAAUGGUACAUCUCGGGCAUACCAGGCAAAGACCCCAUAUUUCCCAAGCGUUGGCUUUUUGAUCGCCCAUGGAUAGGAAUUCUUGUUUCUUCGUUCAUCAUCGGCGCACCAUACAACGUCGUCCUGGUCUAUGUUCCACAGCAAGCACAGCUUUUGUUAGACAAGUCGCCUUUGGAUGCCGGUAUAUUUUUGAUUGGUUAUUCUGCCGUUGCGGCCAUUGCAGCGGCCAUUAUUAAUAUCGCCAGCUCUAAGGGACGCAUCCCGUUUAUUUAUACUCUGCUCGUGGGAUCCGCAGUCCACACUGUCGGUAUAGGGCUUCUCUCGACCAUUGCCACCUCUAGGGGCUUUCACGCGACAGACAUUGGUUAUCUAGUCAUUGCUGGGACAGGAAUGGGUCUGACAAUGGGUAUCUUGGUACUGUCGACACCAUAUAUAGUCGAGGAUAGAGACCUGGCAAUUGCCACUGGCACGGUGGUUCAGCUCCGUUUCCUUGGCGGUGCUAUUGGCCUUGCCAUUGCAUCUAAUAUAUUAAAUGGCCGUCUAGCGCAGCGUUUACAGGGUGUUAUGACAUCGCACGAACUGCACCUAUUCCUUGAGAACGUGAAAACGAUCAAAACUCUACCUGCUCAUCUACAAGCGGACGUGAAGAACGUUUUCGCUAGUAGUUUCAAUACACAGCUGGUUGUCAUGAUCGGAUUUGCAGCUGCUCAGCUACCAGUGACUCUACUACUGCUCAAGAGAGGCCGGCAGCUUGCGGCCAACAAACAAUCGAGUUCGGUACCAGGAUGA